AUGUAUGGAAACUACAACUUAGGAGCGAUAUCUGGCUGGGAUGGAUCAGGGUAUGGUAAUUCUUCCAUUCCAUUAGGCAGCACCGCACCUCAGUACUCUGUCUACAACCCGUCGACAAAUCCCAAUGUGUCCCAGUACGGUACCACAGUAACAGGCAUGGAGACACAACAGCCGACUUACGUAACGGGGCAACCCGGAACGCAAUAUGCACAGACGGUACAACCUGGGACGCAAUAUGUGCAAGCGGGACAACCUGGCGCGCAGUAUGUCCAAGCGGGAGAGCCUGGAACGCAAUAUGUACAGCCGGGACAGACUGGAACACAAUAUGUGCAAGUGGGACAGCCUGGAACGCAAUAUGUGCAGACGGGACAACCUGAAACACAAUAUCUGCAGACGGGACAACCUGAAACGCAAUAUGUGCAGACGGGACAACCUGAAACACAAUAUGUGCAGACGGGACAACCUGACACACAAUAUGUGCAGACGGGUCAAUCUGGAACACAAUAUGUGCAAACGGGACUUCCAGGCACAGAGUAUAUACAGACGAUACCACACACAAGUACUGUAGGUUCCGAAGGAGGCUACAUUAAUUAUAAUACAACAUUGGCUCCCAAUGCUAUGGACUCAAAUUAUGGAACCACCAUGAUAACAGACCCACAGUAUUCUAGUUACCAGACAGUACCUACCUCCCAUCAAGAUUACGACUUAGGAGGAACAACAGUGGAUGUCACGAACUACGGAUCCACGUAUGACGUCAUUCCCCAGGAUACAAGGAUCACUGGCAGCGGCGACCAACGGCAACCGUCUGAAGUCUCUCACUCGAAAUACUACCCAGACAAAGAAAGAAGGUAUUCCAGCGCACACGGGAGAAGUCAAUCACCAGGAAGGAAAAACAGCAAAGGACGAAAGAAUUCUUCCCAGAGGCAGAAUCAGCGACUGAACGAGCUGCGACAGUCUGAGUUUAACACCGUGGUGUCUGGCAGUGAUGAUGAUAAUGAUGAGAAACAUCAGUCGAGGAAGAAAGGAGCCGAGGCUAUGGAUGCUGACAGUCCAGGGAUGGGCAAACCUCCAAGAAGAAAGAUCUCUAAAGGUGCUCACCAGAGACACGACGACAGCAGUCAGCCACAGUUUGUUAACGGCUACAACGAGACGUACAAGAUUAGCGGAAAAACGGGAGACAACUCCGUGGAGAAGAGAAGAGUGGAGCAGCCGAUGGAUUACGAUGAUUCCACCAAGAUGGACCCCGUGGAAAGCAUACUUGCAGAUCUGAAGCAGAAGCAGGAGAGAAAGGAAUCUGCUAACAGGAUAAAAAAUCUACAACAAAGGGAGAGAAGCGAACAUCUAGACGCACGAUCGAGAGAUCUGCAACAAAGGGACAGAACUGUUGCCAGGAUGAAGCAGAUGACCAAUUACGAGGCAUCAGAAUCCGACAUAACGGACACGGAGAGAAGUCACGUGGCAAUGAGACGAGGGUCUCGAUUACCGCCGCAUUUAGUCUCAAAAUAUCAAGACUACUAUAGAAUAGACCAGACAGACGACGAAUUUCAAGACCCAGUCACUUACCACAAAGCCAAGCGCGCUUCGCGUGCGUAUGUGCUAAGCAAAGCAGAACUGAUGCUAGAAUCGAGAAGACAGUCUCGAAUUCAGGAUCUCAAUUCCAGUGAUGAAGAAGGACAGCGUUUAAGAAAAAAUGCUUUAAAUAUAAUAUUUCGAAUGGACACAAGUAGGACAUCCCCAGAGUCGGAAUACAUGGAGAAUAAAAUUCGGCCACCGCGUGCACUGACGUCACCGGAAGUUGAAAAGUCUCGACCUCACAAAAACAAAUCGAAAUCCAAAUAUUUGAGACGCAGAAAGCUGCAGCCUGUCAGAAACAGGCGACUGAGGAUGAAUGCGUUUCAGGCAGCACGAUUCCAGGUAAGAACAACAGUAUUUGUGGCACCGGGGUGGGAAUUUGGAUGUAUAUGA